AUGGAAAAAUUGGCGUUCGCCUUGGUAAUAUCAUCGAGAAAGUUGCGACCUUAUUUUCAGGCUCACAGUAUUACAGUUUUAACGAACUACCCUUUGAGGCAAGUCUUAGCAAAACCGGAGACGUCGGGGAGAUUGUUGAAAUGGUCAGUAGAGUUAAGCCAAUUCGACAUCAGGUAUAAACCGAGGACUGCGAUCAAGGGGCAAGCCUUGGCAGAUUUUAUCCUCGAGUUCCCAAGCACCAAAGUGGCACUCAUCUACGACAAGGUUGACACUUCUGUACCCAAUGGAGAAGGAUGGACGUUGUACAUCGAUGGGGCUUCGUAUAGCGAAGGUUCUGGUGGUAGAAUCCUACUGAUCAGUCCCAGCAAUUUUAAGGUGAAUGGAGAAUAUCUGGCCAGAGGCGGGAGAUUGGUUAAGUAUCUAGCCAUUGUAUGCGAACUGAUGCAAAAAUUCAAGAAAGUAGUCGUGUCUCGAGUACCGCGUGCUCAUAAUUCACACACAAACGCAUUGGCUCGUUUGGCCUCGACUAGAGAAGCCGAAUUACUUGAUGUAAUUCCAGUGGAUGUAUUGGCACACCCAACAAUAAAUCAAGAGGCGAUCAUGGAAAUAGAUACCGCCCAAGAAGUCACCUGGAUGACUCCAAUAGUCGCAUAUCUAGAAAAAGGUAUCUUACCUGAUGACAAGAUGGAAGCAAGGAAGCUGAGGCAGCGAGCUGCCCGAUAUGUCAUAUAUGAUGGAAGGUUAUAUCGCAGAAGCUUUAGUCAGCCGUUACUUAAGUGUAUCGACGGAGAAGACUGCGACUAUAUACUACGUGAGGUGCAUGGGGGAAUUUGUGGCAAUCAUACAGGAGGUAAUUCCCUUGCCCUAAAAAUCAUGCGACAGGGAUAUAACUGGCCUACCCUGCGACAAGAUGCUUUCACUUUCGCAAAGAAAUGCGACAAAUGUCAGCGAAUAGCCACUUAUGUCCAUCAACCUCCGAGCAACUUGCAUUCCAUCACAAGUCCUUGGCCCUUUGCGGUGUGGGGUAUCGACUUGAUAGGCGAGCUACCUAAAGGAAAAGGCGGAGUGAAGUAUGUUGUAGUCGCAGUCGACUAUUUUACAAAGUGGGCUGAAGCCAAAGCACUCGCAACCAUUACAGCGAUUAAGUUGCGCGAGUUUGUCUACAACUCCAUAAUCUUUCGAUUCGGCGUCCCUUACAAGCUCAUUUCAGAUAAUGGAAAGCAGUUUGAUUGUAAGGAGAUGCGACAAUUAUGCGACAACUUGGGCAUUAAGAAAGCAUUCUCUGUAGUUGCUUAUCCGCAAAGCAAUCGAGAAACUGAAGCAGUCAAUAAAAUAAUAAAGCACACCAUCAAAGGAAAACUCGAAGAGCGUAAGAGGGUAUGGCCAGACGAGCUUUCGCAAGUUUUAUGGUCAUAUAACACGACCCCCCAAUCCACGACUGGCGAAACUCCUUUCUCGCUCUCUUAUGCAUGUGAGGCCAUGGUACCAGUCGAGAUUGGGCCAGGUUCCUUACGCAGAGACGUUUUCAAAAUUGCACAAAACGAAAAAAAACAGUCGCUCUACCUCGACCUUCUGAAAGAAAAGCGCGAUCAGGCUCACCUGAAAAAAACAGGACUUACCAGCGACGAACCGCAAGAUAUUUCAAUUCCAAGGUCAAGACAAGAGUCCUGCGAGUAG